CAGGAACUCUUGCCGCCGUCAGUGAUGGUAUGAUGUAUGGAUGGACUGCUCCCGUCGUCCCGAUUCUUCUAGGACCAGACAGUCCAGUGAAAACUACAAAAGCUCAAGCUGAGUGGCUGGAAAAUCUCUUGAUGUUGGGGUCCUUCUCGGGACUGGGUAUAACUAUGUACUUGGUGGACAAAAUUGGACGAAAACGUUCAAUACUAUUUUCCUCUUUCGUGACUCUUGUUUUAUGGAUCAUCAAAGCCGUAGCGCCAAGAAUUGAGUAUAUUUUUGUAGCUAGAGCUUUUGCUGGAGCCGCUGGAAAUAUGGCUUUCGUUGCAGCUCCUAUGUAUAUAGCAGAAAUAGCUGAUCAGAAAGUGAGAGGAUUUUUGUCGAGUAUGAUUUAUAUACAGAUGUUGAUAGGGAUUCUCCUGAUUUAUGCUAUCGCACCUUACGUAGCCAUAUACACUCACUGCAUUGUGGGCGGUAGCUUAGUUUUCAUAGAGUUGAUUACUUUUCCAUUCAUGCCAGAAUCGCCUUACUAUUUGCUUUACAAAGAUAAACCACUCGAAGCGGAGAAAUCUCUAAGAAAACUCAGACCUUCCAACUGCAACAUAGAGAAAGAGCUUGAGGAGAUCAAAACAGCAGUAGAAAGACAAAAGACUGAGAAAGGAAGGUUUCAAGAUCUAAUUAUGGUACCGAGUAAUCGUAAGGCCAUCCUCAUUAUGACACUGCUCAAUAUGGCUCAGCAUUUCAGUAGUAUUAGUGUUCUUUUAAUGAAUCUGCAUGUGAUUUUGGAAGCAGCUGGUUCCAUCUAUAUCGAGUCUUCAACAGCGGCCAUAAUAUUUGCAGUUAUUAUGGUGGUGGCUGCGGCAACAUCCUCUUUUGCUAUUGAUAAGUAUGGGCGGAAGUUUCUACUAAUCAGCUCGAGUAUACUAACAGGAUUGUGCCUGAUGGUAAUAGCAAUUUAUUUUAAUUUGAAGAACUUUGGUUACUCCGUAGAAUCAAUAAGUUGGAUACCUAUUGUAUCAGUGAUGUUGUAUGCCUGUUUUUUCAAACUUGGAUUGGGAAUGGUGCCAAUAGUUUUAACAGCAGAGUUGUUUCCAGCAAGGAUGAAAGCGAUAGGGAUGACCGUAGCUGAUGGAACUUACGUAAUUUCUGCCCUACUUUCUCUACAAGUGUAUCAACAACUGAGUGAUAAUUACGGACUGCAGUACCCAUUUUAUGUUUUUUCUCUUUCAUGUUUCGGUACUGCUUCAUUCACAUAUUUCUUCAUUCCGGAAACCAAAGGCAAAACAUUAGAGGAGAUUCAGUUUAUCUUGAAAGGAAUACAUGUAGAGCGAAAAUCUGGCGAGAACGAUACCAUGCUCUAGUUUCCAGUGGAAUUUGUAGAAGGAAUUAUAAAGAUUUUUGUCAACAUUGAAAAUUUUCAUCAUGUUUUAAUUUCUA